CCGGGUCGGAUCUGCCUCUUCAAGGAAGCCGGCAUGCGUGAAGUGGCAUCGGAUGCAAGAUGCGAACAUGAAUGCAUUGGGUAAUAUGGAUAAAUUAGUCUCUCACCAAUUGAAUGUGGGCGUGACCAGUUUUCCCUAAAAGGCACUGUGGUCGCUCGGCAGUUGAGUGAAGAAGAGCGGUUAGAGACCAGGAAUUAGAGACACAGAUCAUUUUUUCGCUUUCUUUUGAUACCAGAGUCUUUUGAUACUAGAAGCCAUGUCGAAGCGCCAUCUUUUUGACUCCCCGGAAGGACUUGUUGUCAAGUCUCUUCGGGGCCUGAUUGCAUACAACCCAGCGUUGAGUCUGGACGAGACCAACCGCGUCGUCUUCAACACAGCCUACGACCGCUCCAAAGUCAGCAUCAUCAGCGGCGGCGGUUCCGGCCACGAGCCUGCCUGGGCCGGCUAUGUUGGAAACAACAUGCUGGCUGCGUCGGUUGCGGGUGACAUCUUCGCCAGCCCGAGCACCAGGCAGAUCCUCGCGGCCAUCGACGAGGUUCCCUCGGACGUGGGCACCAUCCUCGUCGUCACCAACUACACCGGCGACUGUCUGCACUUUGGCCUGGCCAACGAGAAGGCCAUUGCCAACGGACACAACAGCCGCAUGAUCAUCUGCGGCGACGAUGUCUCCGUGGGCAACAAGGGCGGACUCGUCGGUCGCCGUGGUCUGGCAGGCCAGGUUGGCGUGCUCAAAGUCAUGGGCGGUGCGGCGGCACAAGGCGGCUCCCUCGACGACGUGUACGACCUCGGUGUGGCCUUUUCGCACCAAAUCGUCUCCAUCGCGGUGACUCUCGACCACUGCCACGUACCCGGCCGCACUGAACAUGGCAUGCUUGGCGACGACGAGGUCGAGAUCGGGACCGGUCCGCACAACGAGCCGGGCUACAAGAAACUCUCCCCUCGGCCCUCGCCGCCAGAGCUGGUGAGCCAAAUCCUCCAGUAUUGCCUGGACGAGGAGGAUCCCGACCGCGGAUACGUCCACUUCCAGCCCGGGGAUGAAACGAUAUUGCUUGUCAGCAACUUUGGCGGCAUGUCGUUCCUCGAAAUGGGGGCGCUCGUGGAUGAGCUCCUUGGACAACUCGACACCGAAUGGAACAUGGCCCCCGCUAGAGUGUACAGCGGCUUCAUCGAAACCUCGCUCAACGCCCCUGCGUUCUCGAUCUCAGUCGUCAACGUCACCCAGGCCGCCAAGAACUGCUCCUACUCGGCGGAGCAGCUCAAGGGAUUCAUGGACAUGAAGACCGACACAUGCUGGGAGUCGAUGGCCGGCGCACAGUCUCAGCCGCAACGCAGAGCACGCAGAGAGCAAUUCGUCCAAGCCCCCGUCGAGUUGAAGAAGGCCACGUCGUCCAAGGACCUGAUCGUCGACCCCAAGACUCUCGAAGCGGUAGUCCGCACUGCCUGCAAUGCUCUCGUGGCCGUGGAGCCGGAGCUAACGAAGUGGGAUACCGAAAUGGGCGACGGCGACUGUGGGGAAACAGUCAAAACCGGGGCAUCCCUGCUGCUCGCUGCGCUGGAUGAUGAGAAGAUCGCCGCGUCUGGGUCCAUCAACAGGGUUCUCACCACCCUCGAGGACAUCGUCGAGAGCAAGAUGGGGGGCACGCUCGGAGGCAUCCUGGGGAUCCUAUUCGUCUCCCUGCGAACAGCCAUCGAGAACAACUACCAGCUGGCCACAACCCAAGGCCCAGUGAUGCUCUGGGCCAUUGCGCUCUCGUCCGCUCUGGGCAACUUGAGGCGGUACACGCCGGCCAAGGUGGGAGACCGGACGGUGAUGGACACGCUCAUCCCGUUUGCAGAGGCCAUGGGCAGCGGGAGCUUUGACGAUGCGGUCGAGGCUGCCAUCAAGGGCGCCGAGGCGACCAAGACGAUGACGCCGCGGUUGGGACGGGCGACGUAUGUCGGUGGGCUCGUCACUGGCAAGGAGUUGCCUCCAGACCCUGGUGCUUGGGCUGCGAUGGUCGCGGUCGCGGGAUUGAAGGAGGCCAUGUAAUUAUUUCUUUGUUAGACUGCGAUUUGAUUUGAUACACUAUUCUACAUGUUGAAUUCCUGCUCUGCCUUUCGUGUCUAAGUGGACUAACCCUAUUCAAUUUGAACGGAAUGCGACUAAUCCAAGUAUCAAUCUAAGCUAUAUUCAAGCUGCUAUUCAAGCCUUGCCAGCACAUCCAAGCCAAACCAUGUACUCCUCAAUCGCCUUCUGCAUGGCCAUUGUCCCGGCCUCGAUUACACUCGUCAGCGGCUUCCC